GACAUAUCGGCCACGCGUGCCACGCCGCCGCGCCUGCUCAGAAGGCGGCUGACGGCCGUAGCAAAGCCCCAUCCCAUCUGUCACAGCCGUGCGGCUACCCUGCGGAGGACGGCUAUUGUUUUAAACUUGACGAUUUGUGACUGCACCGCUGGAUGUGAAAGUCCACGACCGACAAAAUAAUGCCCAGAAGAACUGAAGCUUUGUUACUGCACGGAUAGCGCAGAAACAUAAAGGAGAAACGAUAUUGACAUGAAGAAAGACAUUGAGACACUGAUAGCAGAGGAACGUGCUGACAUCAUCUUGAAGUAUGUUACGGGCAGACAGGAGGGGGUGGAGAUUGACCCCUGGGAGGAUGCUGAUUACAACAUCUACAGAGUCACUGACCGUUUUGGCUUCAUGCAUGAGCAUGAGCUGCCGGCCCCUACUGCACACGAAGAGAAGCGGAAGCAGCUCGAGAUAGAGAGAGUGGAAAAAUGGCUCAAGAUGGUGAAGAAAUGGGAUAAAUACAGGAAUAGCGACAGGAUGGUGAGGAGAGUGUACAAAGGCAUACCCCUACAGCUGAGAGGCCAGGCUUGGGCCCUGAUGCUUGAUGUGGAGAAGAUCAAGAAGGAGAACGAGGGAAAUUAUGAGAAAAUGAAAGAGCAAGCCAGACUGUACUCUACUGAGAUCAAACAGAUAGACCUGGACAUCAACAGAACCUUUCGGAACCACAUCAUGUUCAUGGACCGCUUUGGGGUCAAGCAGCAGUCUCUGUUCCAUGUCCUUUCUGCAUACUCAGUUUACAACACAGAGGUGAGCUACUGUCAGGGAAUGAGUCAGAUCGCUGCCCUGCUACUCAUAUACAUGAAUGAGGAAGAUGCCUUCUGGGCCCUGUCGCAGCUGCUGACUGACCAGAAACAUGCCAUGCAUGGUUUCUUCAUCCCUGGGUUCCCAAAACUGCAGAGAUUCCAGACACACCACGAUCAGAUUAUCUCCAAACUCAUCCCCAAGCUGAAGAAGCAUCUGGACAGAGAGCAGAUGUCAGCAGGGAUUUACUGCACAAAAUGGUUCCUUCAGUGCUUCAUUGACAGGACGCCAUUCACCCUGACCCUUCGCCUGUGGGACAUCUUUAUCUUGGAGGGAGAGAGGCUGCUCACUGCCAUGUCCUACACCAUCCUGAAAAUACACGCCAAGCGUCUUCUGAAAAUGUCUCUGGAGGAGCUCAGGGAGUUCUUGCAGGAGAGGAUCGCUCAGACCUUCUUCCACAGUGAUGAUGUCAUCAUAGAGCAGCUGCAGAACUCCAUGGCCGAGCUCCGCAAGAUGAAGCUCGACCUUCCCCCCCCAGGGAAACCUGAGGAACUACCCCGUAAGCCCUUAGGCCAAGAGCCCCCAGUGCUGCUGAGUCCACUCCGCUGCCCCAGAGGGAAGUCAUCAUCAGCCAGAGCAGGCUUUGGUCUCCACAUAAUCCCUCAUCUCCCAGACACCGUAUCCCCUGACCAGAGCCCUUCCAAGGACCUCAGGGAUCUGGAGGCCCCCUUGCCUUCACCGAACCCCAUUAUCAUCCACAGUCAAGCCCCCCUCACGCCGGAUGGCUCCCCACUAACAGGGCCUCCCCCUUACCAACCACCCAGGAGUGAGCCAGCGGUUAUAAAGGAACAUGGGUUAAAGUCAUCCAACCCACACUUACCAGACCAUAGAGAGGGGAGGGAUGGGGCUGUACUUGACCCAGAGGUUACUAGGGAAAAUCAGUCAAUGACACAGAAAAAAGACACACAUUCAGACCAAAACAGAGAUGACCCUACUGUCCAAUUGCCCUGCAUGGUCCCGAGAACUCUCUCGGCACCCAUAGUCCAGGAUGCCCUGCAAAUGUCUGGCCUUCCUCGGUCUGAGAGCCGGUCAGUGGCAGAAAGGGGAGAGGACAGCUAUUUGGCCCAGUUGUUGGAACAUGCCUCUGUUCUGGCUGUUGAUAAGAAGAGGGCCCAGGACACAGAUGGGGGCUCUGAAUAGGCAUAGAGGGAGCCUAGCUACAAAGGUUGUGUCACUGCCAUCUGCUGGUCCAAUGGAAACCUUAUAGGACUCUACAGCACAUCUACAUCUGAUCCUGUCUAAAUAAAAAGUCCAGACAACAUGCAACAACCACUGCCAUUUUUUUCACUGUUCAUUAGAGCAAAGAGAGUUGAGAACUUGCUACAUGGUGGAAGACAGCAAGACAUUAUCAUCCUUUAGGACGAGAACAAAUUUUUUUUGUAGCUUUGUAAUGUUUUGUCUUCGAACAAUAUGUUUUAGCUAGGUCAGCCUUUGUAAAAUGUUUGCUACCAGAGUCAUGGUUUUAUUUUUUGUACUUAAGAUGCCUUAUUUGGAUCUGCUUCAGAUUUGGUAUUGAUGCUGUCUACUUUGAUCACUGCAGUGACAGAGAAAGUAAGGCAUGACACAUAAUGGGACAAAAAUAACAUUCAGAUAAUGUAUAGGAUUUGAAACGCUCUGACAGCAUACAAGUUUCCUCAGUGAGCUGGCUCACUGUUAUGAUUGUAAACUAUUGAAGAGGGGUUCAGACAAUUUUAAAUAAAUGUAUGGUUUUAUAGGUCAAUAAUUUAUUGUUUAUGCUCAUAGGGAGGCAUGAUCUGGGUCAUUUCCAGUGAUCAGUCAUAGGUUCAAUGUUUUAGCAACUAAAAUGUGCUGUGGAGCAUUUUGAGCUUCUGCAAUGAAGAGUAAGAUGAAAAUAUUAUUCUUAUUUCUUUCAUUAUCCUUUUGAGAUGGAUUAUAAGACAUUGGAUGUAAAAUAUUGGCUUUCAACAAUGUAUUUGAAGUGUAUUUUAAAUAUAGAAUUUGUAGAGUCUAUAGGUAAGAGUCAGGCCCAUGUUUCCUGUCUGAAGUUAGCAAUACAUUUGAGCUAAUGUCCGUGGUUAGCUCCAUGCGCCAUGAUUAGAAAUAGUAAACAUUGCCCUCUCGUGGCUAGGUUAGGUAAAGCAUGUUUUUUUCUGUGUUGGCACAGAAAGUGGUACAAGUUGUUGGAUAAUGUCCAGCCUUUGAAAUCAAACCUCUCAAAGGCUCGCAGCAGAGGAUCACUGUUUCUAAAACUCUCUUCUCAGAUAUUGCUAAUCUCUAAUGCACUUUUGAAUCUGAAACAAAAUUAAAAAUUCA